AUGUUUUAGGACCCAGUGGCCUUUGAGGAUGUGGCUGUAAACUUUACCCUGGAGGAGUGGGCUCUGCUGGAUCCUUCACAGAAGAAGCUCUACAGAGAUGUGAUGCGGGAAACCUUGAGGAACCUGGCCUCAAUAGGGAAAAAAUGGAAAGACCAUAACACUGAAGAUGAGUACAAAAACCAGGGAAGAAAACUAAGAAGUCAUACGGUAGAGAGGUUCUGCCAAAGUAAAGAAGGUAAUCAGUGUGGAGGAAACUUCAGUCCUAUUCCAAAUCUUAAUCUGAACAAGAAAACUACUGAAGUAAAACCAUGGGAAUGCAGCGUGUGUGGAAAAGUCUUUAUGCGCCAUUCAUCCCUUAACAGGCAUAAGCGAGCCUUCAGAUAUCAUCAAACCUUUCAGACACAUGAAAGGACUCACACUGGAGAGAAGCCCUAUCAGUGUAAGCAAUGUGGGAAAGCCCUCAGUUGCCCCAGUUCCUUUCGAAGUCAUGAAAGAACUCACACGGGGGAGAAACCCUAUGAAUGUAAAAAAUGUGGUAAAGCCUUUAGUUGUCCCAGUUCCCUUCGAAAACAUGAAAGAACUCACACUGGAGAGAAACCCUAUGACUGUAAGGAAUGUGGGAAAGCCUUCAUUUCUCUUGGAAGCUUUCAAAGACACAUGAUAACACAUACCGGAGUUGGACCAUACAAAUGUAAGGAAUGUGGGAAAGCCUUCAGCUGUCCCAGCUCAUAUCGAAUACAUGAACGAUCUCACACUGGAGAAAAACCCUAUGAAUGUAAACAAUGUGGCAGAGCCUUUAGUUGUUCUAGUUCCUUUCGAACACAUGAAAGGACUCACACUGGAGAGAAACCCUAUCAGUGUAAAGAAUGUGGAAAAGCCUUCCACUGGCUGACCACUUUCCAAGUGCAUGUGAGAACUCACACUGGAGAAAAACCCUAUAUAUGUAAGCAGUGUGGGAAAGCCCUCAGUUGUCCCACUUCCUUUCGAAGACAUGAAAGGACUCACACUGCAGAGAAACCCUAUGAAUGUAAACAAUGUGGGAAAACCUUCAGCUCUCCUCUAGGUUUGCAAAUACAUGGAAGAACUCACACUGGAGAGAAACCCUAUAAAUGUGAGGAAUGUGGGAAAGCAUUUGUUUCUCUCACAAGUUUUCGAAGACACAUGAUGACACAUACUGGAGAUGGACCUUAUAAAUGUAAGGAAUGUGGGAAAGCCUUCAAUUGCCCCAGUUCCUUUCGGAUACAUGAAAGAACUCACACAGGAGAGAAACCCUAUGAAUGUAAAAUAUGUGGCAAAGCCUUCAGUUGUUCAAGUUACGUUCAAGUACAUGAAAGAACGCACACUGGAGAGAAGCCCUAUGAAUGUAAGGAAUGUGGGAAAGCUUUUAUUUAUCGUACAACCUUUCGAGGACACAUGAGAGUGCACACUGGAGAGAAACCCUAUAAAUGUAAAGAAUGUGGGAAAGCCUUCAGUCGACCCAGCUCGUUUAGAAGCCAUGAAAGAAUUCACACUGGCGAGAAACUUCUGGAAUGUAAACAUUGUGGGAAAGCCUUCAACUGGCCCACAUCCUUACAUAAACAUGUGAUGAGAAUGCACACUAGAUAGGUAA